CAAUGAAAGGUCAUGGGUUACUGAACACCACCACGUGAAGAAACACAAUCUCUAUAUAUCAAUGUCAAGCUACCCUUAUCCAAUCCAUCAAUUGCUUCACACAAGUAUAUCUCAAUUGCAGUCUUAGAUUGCAGAGCAUGGAACAAUCAGUCCCAAUUCUGAUUGUGGCCUGCACAAUCCUUACUCUUGGCUCUAGCAUUUUAUCUGCUACCCUCCCUUCUGACAUCCAAGCCCUGAUCCACUUCAAGAACUCAAUUGACAAAUCCAGUGUACACCCAACUUCAUGCUUAGAUUCAUGGGACUUCUCUGCAGCAGAUCCUUGUGUUUCAACAUCAGCGGCCCAUUUUGCUUGUGGUCUUCUCUGCGAUGUCCAAACUGGAGAGGAAAGCCGGGUCACAAGCAUUACUCUGGAUGGAGCAGGGUACAAAGGAUUCCUUCAUCCAUCCAUUGGGAAUCUCAGUGAGCUGGUCAAGCUUGAUGUAUCAGGAAAUGCCUUUAGUGGAGCCAUUCCUGAAACAAUAGGCCUGCUGAGUAAGCUAACAAGCUUGAAGUUGGCCAACAACCAGUUUUCUGGGUCCUUGCCUAGUUCAAUUGGCGGGCUUGUAAGCCUGCAAGGUAUGUCACUGGCAAGGAACCAGCUUGAUGGAUUCAUUCCCCAGUCAUUGAAUGGCCUUGUUGACUUACGAAGUAUGGAUUUGUCACAUAACAGUUUUAGUGGUGUAAUUCCACCUUUUAGAGGCAUGAGAUCAAUGCACAGUUUGGAUGCUAGUUAUAACAAACUUACAGGUGAGCUACACGCAGAGCUUCCACCUCUGCUAUCUCUGCUAAUACUAAGGGGAAACAUGCUAAAUGGAAGCUUGCCGGCCAAAUUGAAUUCAUUGCCAAGACUUAGCGUUCUGGAUGUGGCCUCUAAUAAAUUGAGCGGAAGUGUGGGCAGUACUCUGUUUGGGCACCCUUCACUGCAGCAGGUCAAUCUGUCCAACAACAAUUUCGGUGCUUUGAGUGUUCCAAAUUUAGCAGGGGUAAAUGCCCAAAUGGUUGCUUUCGACAUCAGUUUCAACAGGAUUAAUGGGUCACUUCCUGCUAAUUUUGCAAGCAUUGGAAGCCUUGCUGCUCUGUAUCUUAGUCACAACCAAUUCCAAGGGCCAAUUCCUGCAGAUUAUGGUAGGAAAACAGCCAUGGAAGGCUCUGAAAACAUGAGGCCUUUAUACAGGCUAUAUCUAGAGAGUAACUACUUGAGUGGUGAUAUCCCAGCUGUAUUUUUGGGCAUUUCCCCUGGAAAAAUUAUUGGUAGCUUUGCUGACAAUUGUUUGAAUGAAUGUCCUGCAAGAGUUACGCUGUGUCAGGGUGGACAGAGGCCUCCUAGUGAAUGUAGGACUGCUUAUUAAACCUCAAAUAUCGGACUAAUUGGACGAGUGCAAGCUGCAAUCCCUUAAUUUUGUUAGUGCGCUUUGUUGGAGGAGGUUUCUGGGUCUUUGUGUUCAUCUCAGUUUUGGGUUUCAUAGAUUGCCUGGCCUCGCAAAUGUCAUUAAAAAUCUUCAUUCUCAUUGAUCUAAAUAAAUCAUGAUUAUUAGAACAAAUAUGUUAUCAAUCUUCUCUUAUGAAAAAAUAGGAGGGGUCUUAAAUUCUUCUAUACUAUUCUUAGAGCAUUUAUCUUUGCAGUACAAUGUCUUCUCUUACAUAGACAAUUCCAGUGUUCUUUAUCCUUCUGUAUCAUUUUCUUCUAGAUUUACUAUCAUCUAGUAAGACAUUUUUAAUGUCUUCGGUAGGAGGUGUGUUAUGGCCACCUUUGAUGGCUGAUUAUAUUG